UUCACAGCUCAUUGAUACCAGUUCUGUUUGGCUGCACACCCUUACCGUACGACGAAGGAUAACAUAUGUUUGGGAAUGUGAAGUGAGAAUCUGUAAUAUAUAGAAAAUGGAUUUGGGUUCAGCGUUGUUCCAGAAAUUGGAAGAGAAAGGACUCGAGGCAAAAGACGUUGAUGAUGGAGAGGAUGACUUUUACAGAAUUAUGUCUAUUACGCUGUAUGAGAAUGCAAAACACCAUUCGAAAUGUAGGGAAAGAAUAUGUGAUUUUCAAAAGGAACCAGAGAACAUCCAUUACUUCCAACUGUUUCUAAAUCGAUCACCCAACAUUGACCCAGACACGAAAUCCACGCAACAAGCGUUUUUAGAUGAUGUGGAGAAAAGCAAAUCUGGAACUACACCUCCUACUGCACGUGAUAUAUAUGCUGCAUGUGAACUUAUCGGACGCCCUAUUGAGGCAUUGGUAUGUGACGUCGGCGGGGACGGAUUGGUCACACCGAGGCUGCAGUGGAGGUUGUUUGUCCCUAUCAUUGGUAGAGUGACGUCACAGACAAAACAGAAUUUCAGAAUAUUAAUUGUGUUGACAAGGGACAAGACCAUUUUUCAUGGAUUCAAAAAACUACCAGAAGAACCUGAAUCUUCACCGACAAACUGCUCGGACAAAUCAAAACACGGAAUGUGUAUACAGCCGAAGUUCAAAUGCAAUUAUUAAUCAAAGUUCGGAAGAAACCACAAAUCCAGGUCCAGACAUACCGAGGCGUUGCUACGGCAAUAAGUUUGCGAACAAGUUGUUUAUGUCCCCUACUCUUGUGGACGAAGGAAUAUUUUCGGAUGCUAAUGAGUGGAAGCCUAACGCAGAUAAUGACACAUUUUACCAUUGUCUAAGUCGGGAAAUGUAUGGUGUAUGUGACCAUUGGAAACGAGUGAAAAAUCUUAUCUGUGCAUUGCAGGAAGAGGAGGAUAGCAUCAGUGUCUUUGCAACUAUUGUGACAGACAAAGAGUCGGAGAAAGAGGACGUCCUGAAGGAGCAUAUUUCGAAAAUGAAAUGUGAAGGAAGCAAACCAACAAAAACAGAGAUAUACGCUGCUGCAAGCCUUCUAAAUGUUCAUGUAUAUGUUCAAAGAUUCAUAAAUGGUGCCAAUACCUGGGAAAUCUAUCCACCAAUCAGAAAUAUGCUCCAGAACGUGCAGCCAAUGGAUUCCUUUGUUGCAUUGAAGUGUGCUAAUCUUACCGAUAUGUACUCCAUCGACCUGACAUUUGAUCGGGGUGGUCACAAUCUGAAAGAGGCAGCACCAAAGGUUCCUGGAAACCUGUCGACCAUUAUGGAACAGAUAGCCAGCAUUGGAGGUGAUAUUUUAGCCAGGAAGACACCUUGUUGCGAGGAACAUCAGCACUUGUCGCAUCAUGAUAACACAGGAUGGGAAAGGCCAGCUAAGGCGAGGAGGAAUCCAUUCACUGACCCGCCCUCUAACAUUCGAAAUAUCCUAAAACGUCUUCGUUCAGAAGGACGGGAAUUGGAGAAGAUUGAAGCCUACGAUUCCACGUUGUUUCGAUGCAUUAGCAAAGAGGUCUUUGGAACGGAGGAAGAAUAUGAAUGUAUCCGAUCGAAAAUUUCAGCUGGUACAGUUGAGCAGGAGGACGGGAUGCCCUCACUAAUGAGUAUGAACGAACAUGAACAGGGGCGCAUUAUUCAGGCACUUGCGGAUUGGUUACGCGUUUCUAUUUACAUCUUCACGCAGACAGAUGGGAGCGACGGGGUUCAGUACCAGUGGCGCCCCUAUCAUCCUGUUAGAUCUCAAAACGAGGCCGAUUCUAUCCACUCUCUUGGGUGUCGUUAUUACAUCACAUUGUUCUAUGAUGUGCGAAGCCGAAAGUUCGACAGGGUAGUCCCCAUUAAAGGAUGUAAUUGCCAGGUCCUGUCACCAAUCCCUCUCUUCGUGGAGACGUAUGGAGAUGUUCAACAUACCGGUAUCAUCAAUGUUGCGAGAGAUAAUCGUCAUGCGACCUUAAAACGACGACUACCGCUACAGUAUCAAGAGGAGGAGUUUAUUUCUGAGGUACGGAGGCCAUUGGUCGCACGCCAGUUCUCCGAAAGUUACAGCGUGCUGCACGAACGCCAGGGCAUGUCCAGUCGCUUUAUUGACCCCGUGUAUCAGGACUCGCAUUCUUUCUACAGGUGCCUCAGCAAGGAGUUGUUUGGGACACAGGAACAAUUCGGACUUAUCCGUAAAUGUCUUUUAGAUGUCAUAGAAGAAACGCGUUCCGAACUUGAAUAUGACUUGAAAGAUUUGACUUUGUUGUUAGGAGGAUCUGCUUUGACAGUGGAUGAACUAAAACAAAGAAUCUUGGACAUGAAGAACGCAGGUAAAGAAGAAGUUUACCUUGCCAGUGUUGCAUUCGCAACUUCCGUCUAUGUUUUGGGACGAGAUAAUUUCCAGGACAUAAACAAUUUUACCUGGAAACACAUCACCUGGAAGGUCAUGAAGAAAACCUCUGCUAAGUUCAACUGUGACAGCCGUAGCGAAGCGACAUGCCCGUCUGGCGGCAGAUAUUACAUUUCCUUGUUCCAGAAUUCGGCUGGACAUUAUGAUCGAGUAGUUCCUAAGUACCAGUAUUGUAAUUGUACACUGGCGCUGCCCGAGACCACAGAAACGGAAGCUCCGGAUCUCGGCCAAAUCAGACUUGAUAUCGCAAGCAGAAGCUUUGCUGCAAGAGGUUUGCUGGCCAUACGAAAGGUUGAUAUGUGUCUAACUAAGCUAAGGAUAUCGCUAAACACCUGGCUGCAGGUGAGUGAAGAGACAGAACAGUUAUGUCAUCAGAUUGUUGCCGAGCUGGAAAACCGACGAUUUGGGGUUAACAUUGUCACCAUAGUGGGUGGUUCCACGGGUCUAGUGGGAGCUGGGCUGGCACUCGCAGGAGUGAUCGCAGCGCCAUUCACAGGUGGAUUGUCACUUGGACUUACAAUAGCAGGAGCUGCAGUUGGAGGAGUAGGUGGGGCUACAAUGGCCGGGUCAAAGAUCACAGAGGUCGUUCUCGGCAGUAAGGCUACUGACAUUCUCAAAGUCAAGCAGACUUUACUUAAAACCAAAUCUGAUGAAUUUAAAUCAGCAAUAACGGAGUUUACAGAUAGCGUGAAGACAAUGGAGAUCGACGUAAAAGAACUGCUGCGCGACGAUAACCUUCAAGCUGUAGAUUCCGCCAUCUUUUCAACAAUCAGUACGCUUGUCCGAGCCCUUCAUCACCUUUACGUCAUCCCAAUGACCGUUCUGAGGGUCUCGUUCCAAGGCGUCGCUCUUAUCUCCGCCAUUCUCAUCCCCCUCGCUGUCCUCGUAGACGUGGGAUCUAUCGCACACGCGGGGUGGAACCUUUCCAAGAACUCCAGGACUUCUGUAUCAGAGGAUUUAAGGCGUAUAGCGGUCCUCCUCAGAUCCUGCAGGUUACAACUGGACACGUGGGCAUAUGGAAACGAGGAGUGGGGAGGCCGCUGAUUGGGAGUGUUUAUGGGGUAAGAAUGCGGCGGGAAACAUUCCAAGAGUGAAGAGAUGGCUGUGAAGGGAAACCAUAUGAGAAGUGGACAGACAUCUAAUACAUACAUAUGAGAAGAAGGACAACGUCUCUAAAACGCAACAUAAUCUUCAAGUUCUUGAAAAGUACAUGCUGUGAAAGAAUGUGUCAUGUUAUACAUUUGUCAGAAUGUAGGCCUUAGAUACUAUUGUAUAAUACAUUAUGGAGAUGAUUCUAUUUUGAUACUAUUAUUAAAUAUAAAUCCGGGAGAGGGGAAAGUAAACAUCCAUAUUCAUUUAUUAAAAUUCAUUGAAAUUAGAAAAAAAAUCGGGCAAAUUCGGGAAAUUACGGGAUAUUUUUUAAGACGCACUUUAAUGAAUACGUGUUCUCGAACUUACAAUUUAAGGCAACAAAUUGUCAUGAAGACUUUUUGCAGUGGUAGCAACCUGGAAUAUUUCUGGCAAGAUGAUUUGGUGCCGUAGAUCGAAGCCCUGUUGUACUACUAUGUUAUAUAAUCAAAUUAUAUAUCUAAUUUUCAAACAAAUGUAUCAUUUUCACUACACGUUGUCGAUCUGAAAGAUAAAGAUAUGAAUUCCACUUCCUAAUUGCACUGUGUCUGUAUAUGGCUAAGUACCUGAGGUCAUAUUCAGAUAAUUAACCAAUGUGAUUACUAUAAAAAAGUAUAUUUUUGUCUACUUUGCUCCCUGCACACGUAUAAUACUACUCAAUAUUUUAACGCUUUGGUAACAGUUCUAUGGUUAUUUUCAUAAUAUACGGAGUACCAGUGUAAUUUAUUCGACCUACUUAUCUGUACCUGCGAUUUUGCUUUGACUUUAUUUGUAAAUUGUCAAAACUUGUCAAAGAGGCUGUCGAAAUGACUUGAAUGUUCAGGCCAACUUAGUAAUUGGGAUAUAUAUCAACAUGAUAUAUGUUAACCAUGUGCCUGUUUUUGAAUUGAUAUAUUUAACUUUGCUCAGAUUAAAUAUCGAAACGGGAAGAUGUACACCUGAUUAAAUGUUUGAUCAUCGAUGGAGAUAGCUUGGUCAAAUGUAAUACCUGAAUGCCUAAAAAGGAAAAGUUUGUACAACAUACAGUUCAACUCGAUAUGUUGAAAGUUUGUGUACAUUGUGUUGUUAUGUUGUGUGUUUGUGUACAUUGUGUUAUUAUGUUGUAAGUUUGUGUACAUUGUGCUAUUAUGUUGUAAGUUG